AUGAAGCUCUCAGCUUUACAGCAGAGUUAUCUAAACCGUCGAACUAACAGCUUCAGAGGCUCGACGCCGUUAGAUUCAGGUGACGGCGCCGUUAAAUCCCCGGUAACGAUUUUCUGGCUUGUUCUUCACGGUGUUUGCUGCUUAAUCAGCCUCGUUCUCGGUUUCCGAUUUUCUCGCCUUGUUUUCUUCUUCCUGUUUUCAACUUCCUCUAGUAAUAUCUACACUGCUCCGUUUAGCUCCGGCCCCGGAAUUACCGUUCCGGUGGAUGUUCAAACGAAUCAUAUUGUUAACCGGACCGCUGUUGUAGCUGCCAGUAGAGUGGUGGUUGGACGGCACGGGAUCCGAAUUCGGCCGUGGCCGCAUCCGGAUCCUGUGGAGGUAAUGAAAGCGCAUGGGAUAAUUGAGAGAGUUCAGAGGGAACAGAGAGCGUUGUUUGGAGUGAAGAACCCUAGGACGGUUAUUGCGGUUACUCCGACGCAUGUGAGGACUUUUCAAGCGCUUCAUUUGACCGGUGUGAUGCACUCGUUGAUGCUGGUGCCUUACGAUCUGGUUUGGAUCGUGGUGGAAGCUGGUGGAGUUACCAAUGAGACUGCUUCUCUUAUAGCUAAGUCUGGGCUUAGAACCAUUCACGUUGGAUUUCAUCAGGGAAUGCCAAAUUCUUGGGAGGAAAGGCAUAAGCUUGAGUCUUUGAUGCGUCUUCAUGCUUUAAGAAUUGUGAGAAAAGAGAAGCUGGAUGGAAUUGUGAUGUUUGCUGAUGAUAGUAAUAUGCAUAAUAUCGAAUUGUUUGAUGAAAUUCAGAAUGUAAAAUGGAUUGGUGCUGUUUCUGUUGGAAUACUCCUUCAUUCAGUUGAUGCAGCUGAAAUUUCUUCGGUGGUUCAAAAAGAAGGAGAGGAGGAUUCCACGCCGAUGCCGAUACAAGGUCCAGCUUGUAAUGGUACUGAUAAGUUGGUUGGAUGGCACACCUUCAAUUCAUUACGAUAUACUGGGAAGAGUGCGGUUUACAUUGAUGACCGCGCACCUGUGUUGCCAAGAAAGCUUGAAUGGUCUGGGUUUGUGUUGAAUUCGAGGUUGCUAUGGAAGGAUGUUGAUGAUAAACCAGAGUGGAUUAAGGAUCUCGACGCGUUGGAUGGGAAGGGUGAGGAGAUGGAGAAUCCACUGUCCUUGCUCAAGAGUGCCUCUGUGGUAGAGCCACUAGGGAAUUGUGGACGCCAUGUUUUGCUUUGGUGGUUGCGGGUUGAAGCUCGUACAGACAGCAAAUUCCCUGCUCGAUGGAUAAUUGACCCUCCUUUGGACAUCACAGUUCCAUCAAAACGCACUCCAUGGCCAGAUGCUCCCCCUGAACUCCCAUCUAACGAAAAAGAAAAGGUGUUUGCGGCCACAGAAGAGCAACCAAGCAAGCAUACUACAAAGAUUAAACCACCUAGAACCAAGCGUAGUAGAAAUAAGAGAAAGCAUGACACCAAAGUGAUUGGUGUACAAGUCUCUACACAUUCUGAACAAACUGAGAUAUAA